UGGUGGCUUACCUACAUACUCUGAGUCUGUGGCCACGUUGCGAGAUGCAAUGCUGGCUUUAAAGAAGUCGGGGAAACGCGGCUUUUGAAAGGAGAAUGCCCUUACAGACUGGGAUCCCAGCCGGGCCGGACGUGAUGCUGCUGAGCACUGCUGCUGUUCUGCUGAUGCUCUGUGCACAGCGCAUGCACGGCUCUGCCCUUCCUGCCGUGUCCUCCUAUGACUUCACCGCCUACAGGAUGCAGCAGUACAAUCUGGCGCAGCAGAAGCAUGGCUGCCGUGGAGCCAUAGUUGUGGCGGAGGCACGCUCUGCAGAUGAACCAUCGCUGACCCGCCGUUGUGUCAUCAUGAAGAUUCAGGACUUCACUGUGGAGACAUACUUUGAGGCCCUGAGACAGAAUGCUGCUGCUGUGCUGAUCUUGUUGCCACAAAACAUCUCCAGCGUCUCACACGAGACAGUAAAGUCCUUCAUGGUGAGCGAGAAUGAGGCCUUGCAGAAGGAAACUCUUAUUCCAGUGUAUGUUGUUCCUGAGGAUGAACAGCUGCUCUACAUGUAUGAUGAAGUGAAGCAGGCGGCCGCCUCACGGACCUCAUCCAUACUCGUCAGAGUUCUCCGAAGUAUGGUCACAGCUACAGCCUUUCAGCUCUUAGUGAGCAACAACAACGCCAUUAAGGCUAUCACUGACAACACCAUAGUUGCAUUGGAGGGCGCGCUGCUUGGGACGGGAGAGGAUGCUCCCACCAUCGUCAUCACCGCCCACUAUGACUCCUACGGACUAGCUCCGUGGUUGUCAUACGGAGCUGACUCUAACGGCAGCGGAGUCGUCAUUCUGCUGGAACUGGCACGUCUCUUCCAGAAACUUUACAGCAGCUCCAGCACCAGACCGCACUAUAAUUUACUGUUUUCCUUGACUGGAGGAGGAAAAUACAACUUCCUUGGCACGAAGAGGUGGAUUGAGGAGAAUCUUGAUCAUGCUGAGUCCAGCCUGCUUCAUGACAACGUGGCAUUCGUCUUGUGUUUGGACACUCUGGCCAAAGGUGAUGAGCUGUACGUGCAUGUGUCUCGCCCUCCGAAGCCCGACACCCCUCUGCACUCUUUCGUUCAACAGCUGGAGGAGGUUGUGUUCUCCAGAUUUCCCUGGGUGACGGUGGGAUUGGUGCACAAGAAGAUCAAUCUUGUAGAGUCAACGGUGGCCUGGGAGCACGAACGCUACAGCCUCCGGAGGAUCCUGGGCUUCACUCUAUCUCAUGUGGAAGAUCCCAAAUCUGAGCUUCGUGGCACUAUACUAGACACAAUGUCUCAAGUGGAUUUUAGGAAACUUAAACGAAAUGGCAUCAUCAUAGCAGAAGCACUGGCCCGAUAUAUGUACAAUCUCUCAGACAAGGGUUCACCAAAGGAUAUUCAAGUUUUUAAGGGUCAGUUGGACUUUCAGGACAGUCGCAUGUCCAGUUUGAUGUCCUUUUUGACCUCAGUGCCUCGGGCUGCCCAGCUGCUGCACAAAGAGCCCGGCCAAAUCCUGCUGGUCAACUCCCUGGAGCAGGAGUUCAAGCACUACCUGCAGCAGGUCCAGAGACACACCUUCCGGCAGGACAAGAGGGACCCUGAAAUCACCUUUUUUGAUCAAAUGAACCAACCGAUUGUGAUGUACAGGGUGAAGCCAGCGGCGUUUGAUCUCUUCCUGGGAGGAUGCAUCACUGCCUAUUUGGGGAUUGUUUAUUAUUCAAUCCAGAAUUUUGGGCAUCUAUACACUAAACUCAAAGCUGCAGUGAAAACCAAGCAUCAGUGAAAGCUUCAAGGCUUCCACCUUUCCUGAGCUCAUGAUGGACGUCCGCUUCACAAGCUGAGCAGAACACUGAGGCGAUCCAGCAUGAAUUUUCUCACAGUGAAAGAAAAAGUGUGCAUUUGUUUUGUGCUGUGUCAGAUGUUCAAAAAUGUUUGUAUGCUGUUCUUUUUUUUUUUUUUUUUUUUAGAAAGGACUUUCUUGGAAUUCUUGAAAGCAUAAAAAUCAAGAAAUAAAAGUGUUUGUUAUCAAAACUGUCAA